AUGGCCGCGUCGGAGAGGACCAAAGACCUGCCUUUUGUAAGGGGCGACAUCGCCAAAUUCAGACACUACGUGGGUGUUCCCCUCAAUCCUUAUGAUGGACCAAAUAUCGGUACGGUAUUCAUAUUCAGUUCCACGCCGUCGAAGGAAGGCUUGUCAGAGACUCAUCGUUCAUACUUGUUUGAAACAGCAUCACAUAUUAUACGGCACUUGGAACAAGCAGUAGAGGCGCUGGAAGGCAAAAGAUUGCUCAAGUUCAACCAAGGUGUGGCUUCGUUACUGAGGAUGGGUUCCUCUGCAGGACUGGCGGCUGAGUCUGCGCAGGAGCAGCCUUUGCCAGAGAGUCGUGACAAGCAGCAGUCUCUGGUCUCAAACCUGUACAACGAUUCCGCUCUACGAUUAUAUCAGCUAUCAGCGACGCUGCUUUACGAUGCUUUCGAGUUUGAUGGAGUUCGGAUUCAAGAACCAGGACCCUCGGGUAACUUCGUCAACAGAAAUCCCGCCUGGAAUGGCUCUAGUAUAUUAGCAGAGCAUCUAGGACCCAGAGCUCAUAAGCCUCAGAGCCUAAGCCAUACAUUGACUAGCCGACUACUCGAAUUGUUUCCUCAGGGGGCUGUCUUCCAGGUACUCGACGAGAAAAGCAAGAUUGUUGCUGCUACAAGUGCAAGUGACGUUGCUCUAGUUGAUGAUCCAGUCAUAUCAAUGGAGUUGUCGAGGUCUUUUCCAGGAGCAGUACAGAUCGUUCUGAUGCCGCUCUGGGACACCUUCCAUGAACGGACCACCGGUGCAGUAUUGGGAUUCGCCAACACUCAGUCUAGGGUAUACCUCGGCUCGACGGAUCUUGCGUCUAUAUCUGCGUUUUGCACGACCAUCAUGACGCAAGUGCGGCGUCUAGAAGCACAAGCUAUGGACAAGAUCAAAUCAGACUUCCUCGGAUCAGUAUCUCACGAGAUGAGGACACCACUACAUGGCAUGCUAUCAAGCCUUGAGCUUCUAGCUGAUAUACCGCACAAUGCACACCAACACGACUUACUAGAAACUGCGAGAUACAGUGGCCUAUCACUACUUGAUACCAUAGAGCGUGUUCUCUAUUUCAGCAACAUAAGCUCUGGAUCAUAUAAUCUAGAACACACAGGAUCCAAUGUCCCAAGCGAAGGACUCGUUCAUCCAUCAAGUCUUGUACAACACAAGCCGGCAGCUUCCCCACGGGAGAGUGACACUGUAGAGGCUAUUAAUAUCUGCGAAGAUAUCAUACAUAGUGAGUCGCAAAGAUUACGUCUCAAAGAGGCUGUUCAAUCUGAGCCCUCCAUGGGUUAG